GAGAGGCGGGCGUUAGCGUUCCGGCUAGCUUUGAGCCGCGCCUCCUGCCGUCUUCAGUCACGUGCGGGCUGCAGCCGCGCUGAUAGGCUGGAGCCACUCAACUGGGCGCCGGGGCCGGAAGGGAGGCCUCCGCAGAACCAUUCUUAAAGGGACCGAAGAGGAGGCGGCGGGCUGCGGACGGCCGGAAGGAAAAUGAGUGAAUCUUUGGUGGUUUGUGACGUUGCUGAAGAUUUAGUGGAAAAGCUGAGAAAGUUUCGUUUUCGCAAAGAAACGAACAAUGCUGCCAUCAUAAUGAAGAUCGACAAGGACAAACGCCUGGUGGUACUGGACGAGGAACUUGAGGGCAUUUCACCAGAUGAACUUAAAGAUGAACUACCUGAACGACAACCUCGCUUCAUUGUGUAUAGUUAUAAAUAUCAACAUGAUGAUGGAAGAGUUUCAUAUCCUCUGUGUUUUAUUUUCUCCAGUCCUGUAGGAUGUAAGCCUGAACAACAGAUGAUGUAUGCUGGCAGUAAGAAUAAGUUAGUCCAAACAGCGGAAUUAACCAAGGUAUUUGAAAUAAGAAAUACUGAAGACCUAACUGAAGAGUGGUUACGCGAGAAACUUGGAUUUUUCCACUAAUGUGAACUUCUGUGUUUUCCAAGUAUUUAUGUGUUAACCUGACCAUACUGGAACCAGACAUAAAUACUUAUUUAUGCCUAAAAAUGCACUGUUACUUACCGUUUAUUUCCUGCAGUAAAGAAAAAUUCAUUUGUGCAAAGUUUGAACAAAGAGGAAAUCAUCUUCAUAGUAAUGAAACUUUGUAAAGUGUUUCCUUAUAUUUGUAAUUGUUAGGUGGACUCCUUUUCUCCAGGGACUUUUUGCACUCUUGUGACUAAUUUGUAUAACUAUAGAUCAGAAUUUGUUACUAUUUACAGACACCAUUGAAAAGUGGGUAUUAGAUUGUGAUAGACAACUGUUGCCUCCUUUUGACAAAUACUGGAUAUUAGCAGUUUAUAUAUGAAAAUAGCGUAUUAUCACUUGUCAAAUUGUUGACAUUAAUUUGGUGUUAAAGACUUGACUACCCAAUUUUGAGCCAUGAAUACUAAUUAAUUUAGUGUAACCUGCAUUCUAAAUACAUUUUUCCACAAUUUCAUACCUCUUGAUUUCCUGUAUCUUUUUAAUCAAGCUUAGAAACUAUGUUCAAUCAUUCAUUCUUAAGGUCUGGGAGUUAGAUUUUAUGAUAGAGUUAGGACUAUUAGUUUUCUUCUUAUGGAAAAUAGCAUCUUAGUGGUAGAAAUUGGUGGGUGGUUAUAAUAACCAAGGGCUUCCUUCCUGUUUCUCUUAUUUCUAGAUUGUUUUUAAUCUAGGUUACUAAUACUUUAUUUAUAAAGCAUUUCCUAAUGUCUUGUGAGCACUAAUUAUUUUAAGUAUGUUAAUACUGUGCCUUUGAUUUGUUAGUUUUAUAGUUUAAGAUUUCUACACUGCCAGUAUUCUAGAUUUGGUGAAAUUAAUACUUUUUUAAAGGGUCCAAGUAAAACAAUUUUCUAAUGUGUUUAUCUGAAAUUUGUAAUAAAAUCAGCCUCUUAUAUUAAAAAUUCCAACUAUCCACUUGCAUUGGUGACUAUAUGGCCACUGAAAGUAAAAAUUUGGGGUAUAUUUGCUAUUAGUUUCAUGCUAUAUCCGAAGAUUAUUUGUUGUGAAACUUUGGCCAGAGUUAAUAACAACCCAUCAAUAGAAAUUACACCUCUUAUCCUAAAUGUCAGGGCAUAUUGUAAACUGGGCCAGGCGUGUCAGAGGACAACAUCCUUGGCAUAAAAUGCUCACUCUAAUAUGUCACAUACUUUAAAAACACCCAAGAUCCAGACGUUCUAGAGGCUAACCUGAUUGGAUGGCUGAAUUCUUGCAUUAAGAAUAUGGUAAUCAUUUCAAAAAUAGCAAAGGCAUUAUUUGUAUGUUGCAUAUUUUCCAUUCCUAGGUUCUUUGCAUUUCAGUUUUUGAGGGUUUUGUACCAAGUUUAAUAGGAAGUAAAGAUAGCUGGGAGUUUUCAAAAUGCUAAGUAGAGCGUCUUCUGUUUGACUUCACUGAUGAAGAAGACAGAAAACAAUCACAAGCUGGACAUGAGGAAUCACUAGAGUAGGUAUUUGUUCUGGUUAAUGAAUGGAAAAGUCCUUUGUUUCCAUUUCUGGAAGGAGAGAAAACUGUCCAGGAAGUUUAAGAAUUUCUUAAGUAGAUACUUUGAUACAGGAGAAUAACUUGCUCAUGAUUCUGCAGAAAUGCAAAUGAAAUCCAAGUAGAAAGUAGUUGUCUUUGAAUGAAGAGAAGGAGAUUUUGUUUUACCCAGUUUUAAUCAGCAAGAGAAACCGGUGCUGCAAGAAUGUGGUUUUGUUUUUUUGUUUUUUUGUUUUUUUUUAAAUGAGGUUUCUUACUUUGUCUUUUAUACUUUGGUUAUGUUUUUGUUUUUGUUUUUUACUUGAGAAGUCCUCCGUAGUGUCAGAUAAUACCGACCUACCAGCACAGAACUCUCAGUUCCCUUAUUUUCCUACAGGAGCAAAGAGCUGUGAAAAAAACUACUUUUCUGAGCCUGUUUGGCUUCUUUAUCACAAACACGUGUUUUGCAAGACAAUAGAUUGUUCGCUUAGGGCUCAUGUUUUUUAUUCUGCGUGUCCUAUGGGAAGAUCAAAUCUCAUGUUCUAAAGUGUUUCUCAAAUAUUUAUCUACACUUCCCUUAAAUCUAACUAAACUUCAUAUUGUUCUUUUAAAGUAUAUUUCCUAGUCUGUUUUUCUGCCUUCCAUAAAUAGUAACUACAGAUUUUGUAAUUCCAGUUUUUACAUUCCAUAUCUUUCUCGUAUAACUAUUCCCACUCAACCUUAAGUCUUAAUCUUUCUUUUUUGGCAGCCACUUUUGGAACCUCCUACAUGGUCUUCUAAGUCAGCAUUAGUUUUGAAAUUACUGGUCUGGAGUAAGUUCUGCAUAGCAUCUAAUGUCAAAAGAGAACCAGCUAGCAAUAGCAGUAUGAAUUUAGUUUGGUUUUUGUGGCAACAAAAAUGACAUAUGAAGAAAACUGUCCUCAGGUCACUAUGCUGGAAUUCCAAAAUGUGUUGAGUUUUGAAGAAUAAUCACUUUUUCUGGUAUUGAAGCGAUUAUGUUAGGAAAAACGUUGAUUGUUUUUGUUUAACUGGCUUUUGAAAUAAAUGUUUGAAUUGUAUAUUUCUAAACAGUUUACUCAAUGCCUAGUGCAGUGAAACAUACUCUUGUUUAAGAGGGCGUUGCUAAAUUUUUUAUUGUCGUUACUAAAUAAUCCAUGUGGCAAAGCGUGUGCCGGCACUUUCCUCCCUUUUUUACCUCCUAUUUUCAGGAGUCAAUUGUAGCCAUAAGCCGUAUCCUGGUCUGACACUUUAGCUAAAGUUUCUGGUUAGGGGAAUUCAUUGCCAAAUUAAAUUUGGCGGUCCUUUCCCCCACCCGUAUACGUAGAUGCUAAGGAAGUUAAAAAGUUGUUUGGCCUACUUGUAAAACUCAGUGUCAUUAAUCCGUGUGUGGACUAGUGAUGAAUAGAUAUUUUCAUAAAAGUUUAAAUGCUGAUAUUUGGUGGAAGUAGAGAGUAACUCAUAUUCUGUCAACUCAUGUAUUUUUCGGAUGGUUGCACACACCCCCCCCCCUUUGUUUGGUGGACUGAUAAUACUGGAAUCUAUAAAGUUUGAGCCUUUACAACUUAACAUGGAGAAGUGUUUUGAACAUUUCUGGACAAAUUCUAUUUUGUAUUUCCGGAAGAAUGUAAAUAAUCUUCUAGGCCACUUACAACCAAUGGUCCCAAGUUGAGUGUUCUUGAGAAACGUGUUUCUUUGUAGGCCAUCUGACAUUUCAAAUCAGUGAGCAUAUUCCUGCAGUGUUUAAAACAUCUCCAUAAGCUGUGACACAACGGUAUUUUCUUGCUCUGUGGAGUGUAACUCAUGUGCAUAUAAUCACUUGAAUAUUCUUUGAGAUCACUGACAUGCUGAGGCAAUUCCCACUGAUAUAGAUAUGAUAUAAUCUCAUUCGGGAGGCUUGAAACAUUAAUGGUUGAGUCUUGUGAAUUUUAACAGUUCUCCGUCAUCGUUUAAGAAAACUGACAACUGGCACAACUUCUUAAGCUGCGGUUUCAGUCUCUGCUAGUUCAUGCUGCAUGUUUAUUUUGGACAGUCUUUUGUUAAGCAUGGUGCUUGUACUGGUUUAAAUAAAAUGUUAACAUGAAAA